AUUUAUAAAGCUCUCUUUGACAUCCCCAAGAACAAUCAUAUCCUCAACCAUCUUUACCUUCAAAUACUCAAAAAUAGUGAUAGAGAGAAAAGGGUAGUUACAGAGUGGUGAUUUGUACAGAUUUGUCUUGCUAUUUGGGAGAAUGCAUAUUUCUUUCAAGCCAUUUUACUUUCUUAUUGUUAUUGUUUCAUUUUAUGUUAUUCAUCUUCCAUUCACUGAAUGCACCAUAGCAUUUGAGGAGGUAAAUAAAUUUGGCAGUCACAAAAGCACAAGAGAGAACAAAGUUUCCAGGCAGAUAAAUCAUCAGAAAACAACUGAUAUUGCACUUCAUGGAUUACUCCUAUGGGCUUCAAUGGGGUUCUUGAUGCCUCUUGGGAUUCUUACCAUUAGAGGGUCAUGUAAAGCAGAACCUGGAUCAAGAAGGAGUAGAUUCCUUUUCUAUCUCCAUGUUGUUUUUCAGAUGCUUUCAGUGCUUCUUGCCACAGUUGGAGCUGCCAUAUCAUUGAAAAAGUUUGAGAACUCAUUUGACAACAACCAUCAAAGAUUAGGUCUAGCACUUUAUGCUGCAAUUUUGAUGCAAGCCUUCAUUGGAUUUUUUAGACCUCAAAGAGGAAAGAAAGAGAGGAGUUACUGGUACUUCGUGCAUUGGAUACUUGGAACAAUAGUUUCUCUUGUGGGGAUCAUCAACAUAUUCACAGGUUUAGAAGCUUUCCAUAGGAGAACAUUGAAAAGCACAAGGUUUUGGACUAUCCUUUUCACAGCUCAAGUCUCUAUCAUAGGAUUGAUUUAUCUCUUACAAGAUAAAUUGGAACACUUGAAAAAGCAAGGAGUGAUUGUAGGGACCGAGUCAAUAGUUCCAUCUGACCAAGACAAUAUUCCUCAAAGGCAAGAUCAUCAAAAGGAGUUGCACCUUGUUGCAUGUGCAAAGAGAAAUGCACUUGGCAAUUUGUUUGACUAAUAUUAUGGGGUGUGAUUCUCAUUAAUUUACUUAUUUUUAACCUAGAUAUAAGGGGUACUGUAUUGGAUUGUUUUCACUUCAAUUAGUUUUUGGUGGCUGCACUUUAUGAAGGUUGAGCUUGAAACUAAUAGAGUGCAUUCAUCAAAAAGUAAGUUUUAUUUGGUGUGC